CCCCCACCCCCCACCCAAAACCCUAACCAGGCGCCGCCGCAGGUUUCCGCCGCGCCUUGCUGCUCGGGAUGGAGGAAGGCGGGAGCCACCGGGCGGCCGUCCUCCCGCUCCCGGACGAGCUCGUCGUCGAGAUCCUGUCGCGGCUGCCGGCCAAGUCGCUCUGCCUCUGCAAGUGCGUCUCGCGGGCCUGGCGCGCCUUCAUCUCCGACCCGGACCACCGCGGCAGGUUCGCGCAGACGCUGUCGGGGCUCUUCUUCUCCCGUCCCUCCGGCCACCGCCCGCCGUGGCCCCGCGGAUUCGUCGGCCUGCCCACGUCUCCGCCUCCUGGGGUCGAUACGGCUCUCUCCUUCCUGCCCCCAACCUGCGGGGACAUGGAUCUGCUGGACUCUUGCAACGGGCUGCUCCUCUUGCGGUGCCAGGACACAAGGGAACGGCCUUCACCACCGCCCUUCUACGUCGUGUGCAAUCCGGCCACCGGGGAAUGGGUUGCCUUGCCUCAACCGAGAGAUACCCAGGGGCUGUACGGUUCACCGGAUACCUGCUCGGCAGCGCUAGGGUUUGAUCCAGCAGUCUCUGCAAACUUCCAUGUGUUUCAGCUGGUGCAGGAGUGCUACUUCUACAACGACUUGUUCUUUGUUGUGGCAGUGGAGAUCUACUCAUCCGAAACUGGCAGAUGGGUUUUCAAGGAAAAUGAUGACUUGUGGGUUCAUUGGGACAUCCACUUCUUCGGACAGAUGACCUUUUUCAGUGGCUUCCUACACUUCUGCAACGACUUCAAUGCAGCUGUCAUCUCGGUGGACACACAGGUGCAGGGAUGGAGGAUCUCCCAUGUGCCGCACAAUGUAGGCAUCUCUUUUAGCAUGCGGCAAAAUGCAAGUUAUGGCCGUUCCUCUACCAUCAGCCACUCUCAGGGGCACCUGCUUUAUGUGUACGAUAAUGGCUGGCAGGAUCAUGACCUGUCAAUCUAUGUUCUUGAGGAUCAGGACAGCGAGGAGUGGACAUGGAUCCUCAAGCAAAGCAUCGACAAGCCAGACCUAUUUGGACCACGAGGGGCACAAGGGGGAUGGGACUACUGCAUAGCUGCAUUUCAUCCAAAUGCCAAUUUGGUUUUCUUCUAUGAUUGGAAGCAGAAAACACUGAUGGUCUAUGAUAUGGAACACAAGGAUGUGCAUGUUAUCUGUACUCUUGGAGAAGUGGUCAAGAUUGAACUUGAUUUAAGGUGCAAUGUGCAUCGCCUGUUUCUACCAUAUGUUCCAUUAUACACAAGGGCAUUAACAUCACCUAGUGUCAACUAGGAUUGCUGGACAACCUUCAGUACAAGGCUCAGAUUUGUCACUGGUUUAUUUACAAGGAGAUAGGGAACUAAAUUGAAUAUCCGUAUGUCUUUAUGCCAACCAGUAGGUAAAUGGCACCAAAAGAUGUCUUCAGACAAUGUUACUUAGAUAUGAAGACUGUAAGAUUGGCAAAUAAUUUUUAUCUUCAGAGUUGAGACCAUGUUGCUUAGAUAUGAAACCGUGUAAGCUGACAUUCCAAGCAGUUACUAGCUGACAUUCCAUGGCAAAUAAUUGUCUGAUUACAUUAGUUCCGCGUUGGAGGAACCAUUGGUUGUUGCAAGUGACUUGGUUUUCUGAUCAAGUGAUAUUUGUGCUGUAAAGAUGGAAAUACUGCAUUAUGAUACUCAGGCAGGCAUGUGUUUCUAAAACUUGCUUUAUACAAAGCACUCUUUUGAGAUCAGCAUUGCAUUGGUGGAGGCCUUCGUACCAUUGAAUCAUCCCAACAGUAUAUUUUUGGAUGAUAAUUAAACUGUCUUGGAAAGGUACAUGUUUUUAUUGCCACUGGUAAUUUUGGAUGUAAUGAAUCUGGAAAGCAGGUUACCUGUGUUUUAUAUGUUGAUUUUUGUGCAGCAGUGCUGAACCAUUCCUAAGUAGCUAUUCUGAAUGCACCUGGAACAUCUAGUAGGACUGACAUUGUUACUAUAUUUGUGGCAAUUCAAAUAAGUUUUUUAUUUUAUUUUGAUGUGCACAUAUCUAUUGCCGUGAACCACAAUGUUUGGUCAAAUUUCUUAGAUAUUUGGAAUGCCAUCAAUCUAUUUAGCUGUGAGUUAUUAUGUGUUUUAACAGUGAAAUAUCUUCUUGUGUUGCAAUGAGUGAGGCAGUGAGCCAUGUCCUUUUCAAGAUCAGCAUAUUCGUGCCUGCGUUUUCAUUUGAAAGAGUAGUUACAGUUUACUAUUAGGGGAAUUUGCUGAAGAAACCUGCCAGCCAGUACUUGAUCACUUAUUGAGUUUUAUUCUUUCUGGAUGAUCGGUUGUCUGGCAUGAUAUGAAUUUGUAUCUAAAGAAUCAACACUGGAAUGGAAACAACAUGCCUGUGCUGGUAUUGUUUUCUUUGUCACAAAUUUCUUUUUGUUUUAUGUGUUACCAGUCUAGAAAUAUACAAGGUUCAAGUUCAAUACCUCACUACUAGUUCAAGUUCAAUAUACAAGGUCCAAGUUAGAAAUGCAAUACAUAUAGAUGAGCGGGACUACAUCUGCUUCACGGGCCAAAUGAGUGAAUAACCUAUUUCAGAGGCUGCAUUUGUGCAUGAUUUCCAGUGCAGUUGUCUCAGUGGACACAGGGUGAGACAUGGUAGAUCUCCCGAUUGUGACACCGGCAACAUGAGGGUUGUGCCCCUGUUUUUUUUCUCUCUAUGUCAUUCUCAGGGACGCUUACUUUAUGUUGACAGCAAUGUCUGGUCGAGUGAUGUCAUCUCAAUCUAUGUUCUUGAGGAUCAUGAUAGUGAGUAAUGGACGUGGGUCUUCAAGCAAAGCAUCAACAAGCCAGAUCUCUUUGGACCAAGAAUGUUUGGAAGGAUAUGGGACUACUACAUAGCUGUGCUUCAUCGAGACAGCAAUUUGAUUUUCUUCUAUGACUGGUCUCAUAAAAGACUAGUGUCCUAUCACAGGGAUGUGCAUUUUACUCUAGAAGUGCCCUAUUUUUAGUUUCAAGAUUCAGGAAACAGAUGACGUA